UCCUCGCUGGCGCCCGCUGCGGCUGGAGGGCCGGAGCUCGCCGCGGAGGGGGAGGUGCAGCUGCUCGACUGGCUGGACGGGAAGGACGCCCAGCAGGAGGGAGAGGUGCAGCUGCUGCUGCGCUGGCUGGAGGCGGUUGGUGCAGCCCCCCGCGUCACGGCUCGCAGCCUGGCCGACCAGGGCUUCAUCUGCCAGGUUUUGCGCGACCUGUGCCCGACCACACACGCGGAGCAGGAGCUCGCCCUGGGCGCCGAGGCGCCCGCGGCCGACGUCGCCGCCGCCUGCCUGAGCGCCACGUUCGCGGCAGUGCACGACGCCGUGAAGGUCGACCCGGCGGGCAUGAUCUUGCGGGCCGUGCGCGCGGGCGGCAACGACCUCGAGCCGCUGGCUGACGUCGUGCGGCUGUGGCGGCACGUCCUGACGUACGCCGUGUGCUGCCAGGCGCGGGAGCGCCACGUGCUGAUCAUCCAGGGUAUGCCGCAGGACGCGCAGCACAGGCUCAUGGAGAUCAUCACCGGGGUCGAGCAGCGGCUGGGCGGCACGCAGCCGGGUCGCAGCAGGCGCCCCUCCUCGGCCGCCUCCCUGGCCUGCAGCAGGCGGCCCUCCUCGGCCGCCUCCCUGGCGUGCCCCGAGCAGGCGGACCCGCAGUCGCCGGAGAUGGCGGGGCAGGGCGAGGAGUGCCGGAACCGGCUCGCACAGGCGCUGCCGGGCGAGGAGGACGAGUCUCGCUCGCGCUCGAUCGUCGAGGCGCUGCUGCGCGAGAACGAGAGGCUCCGCGCGGCCAACUGCGAGCUGGGGGGGCAGGCAAGGAAGAGCAGGAACGCACUCAGGAUGAGCAGCGCCACGAUCGACAGCGAGAUCGAGUCCUACUACCUUGAUUGGCAGUUGGAGAAUCAGCUCCGCGAGAAGGAAGCCCAGGUCCAACUGCUCAAGCAGCAGAUCGAGCGCGGGCGCUGCAUGGUGGAGAACGCGGAGCAAUUGCAGGACGAGCUUGUGCUGGCGCGGUCCCGGGAGGCGGAGCACAAGGCAACGCAGCAGCGCCUCGAGUGGUGCAACCUUCGCCUGGAGCAAGUUGGAGGCAUGAAGCAGGAGCUCCUGGCGUGCAUCGACGCGAAGGAGGAGCUGAGUAGGGAGAACGACACACUUCGGAUGCAGGUGACGCAGCUGAAGCAGAACGGGCAGAUGCUCGAGACCUUCAAGGGCAGGGUCAUGGACCUGGAGCUCCUCAACAAGGACUGCCAGACCCGGCUGCGCGAGGCGGGUGCGCGUGCCGACUGCGCCGAGAGCGAGAGGCAGCGCCUGGCGGGCGAGAAGACCCUGCUGGAGGAGCAGCUGCUGCAGACCCAGAUGGAUCUCAACGCCCUCAAGGAGGGGGCUCCCAGCUCGGCGGAGUCUGGCGGCGUGGUCGAGCCGUUCACCCAGAAGCUGCGCGAUAAGAUGCGUGCGCUCGAGAGCCAGAACGCCUGCCUCCAGGAGCAGCUGACGCUGGAGGGCUCCCAGAAGGUCGCCGAGCUCCAGGUGGACGCGGAGUGCGCGCGAGGCCUCAGGGACCAGUUCGAGCGGCAGUUCCUGGACGCCUCCGCCCAGCUGCGCGAGAAGGAGGAGCAGGUUCAACUGCUCAAGCAGGAUAUCGAACACGGCCGCUGUAUGGUGGAACACGCGAAGCAGUUGCAGGACGAGCUCGUGAUGGCGCGGUCCAGCGAGGCGGAACACAAGGCAACGUGCAAGCUUCACCUGAAGCAGGCAGAGGGCAUGAAGCAGGAGCUCCAGGCGUGCAUCGACGCGAAGGAGGAGCUGAGUAGGGAGAACGACACACUUCGGAUGCAGGUGACGCAGCUGAAGCAGAACGGGCAGAUGCUCGAGACCUUCAAGGGCAGGGUCAUGGACCUGGAGCUCCUCAACAAGGACUGCCAGACCCGGCUGCGCGAGGCGGGUGCGCGUGCCGACUGCGCCGAGAGCGAGAGGCAGCGCCUGGCGGGCGAGAAGACCCUGCUGGAGGAGCAGCUGCUGCAGACCCAGAUGGAUCUCAACGCCCUCAAGGAGGGGGCUCCCAGCUCGGCGGAGUCUGGCGGCGUGGUCGAGCCGUUCACCCAGAAGCUGCGCGAUAAGAUGCGUGCGCUCGAGAGCCAGAACGCCUGCCUGCAGGAGCAGCUGACGCUGGAGGGCUCCCAGAAGGUCGCCGAGCUCCAGGUGGACGCGGAGUGCGCGCGAGGCCUCAGGGACCAGUUCGAGCGGCAGUUCCUGGACGCCUCCGCCCAGCUGCGCGAGAAGGAGGAGCAGGUUCAACUGCUCAAGCAGGAUAUCGAACACGGCCGCUGUAUGGUGGAAAACGCGAAGCAGUUGCAGGACGAGCUCGUGAUGGCGCGGUCCAGCGAGGCGGAACACAAGGCAACGUGCAAGCUUCAUCUGAAGCAGGCAGAGGGCAUGAAGCAGGAGCUCCAGGCGUGCAUCGACGCGAAGGAGGAGCUGAGUAGGGAGAACGACACACUUCGGAUGCAGGUGACGCAGCUGAAGCAGAACGGGCAGAUGCUCGAGACCUUCAAGGGCAGGGUCAUGGACCUGGAGCUCCUCAACAAGGACUGCCAGACCCGGCUGCGCGAGGCGGGUGCGCGUGCCGACUGCGCCGAGAGCGAGAGGCAGCGCCUGGCGGGCGAGAAGACCCUGCUGGAGGAGCAGCUGCUGCAGACCCAGAUGGAUCUCAACGCCCUCAAGGAGGGGGCUCCCAGCUCGGCGGAGUCUGGCGGCGUGGUCGAGCCGUUCACCCAGAAGCUGCGCGAUAAGAUGCGUGCGCUCGAGAGCCAGAACGCCUGCCUCCAGGAGCAGCUGACGCUGGAGGGCUCCCAGAAGGUCGCCGAGCUCCAGGUGGACGCGGAGUGCGCGCGAGGCCUCAGGGACCAGUUCGAGCGGCAGUUCCUGGACGCCUCCGCCCAGCUGCGGGACGAGAGGCAGAGGGUGGAGGCGCUCCUGGCGCAGGGGGCUGAGCUCCGGGAGCAGCUGCGGUCUGCGGAGGGACGCGCCGAAGAGGCGGAUAGGCGGGCGGGCUCCACAGAGCAGGAGCUGGUAGCUGUGCGCCAGCGGUGUACCACUCAGGAGGAGGCGGUCCUCCUGGUGCGGGCCCGGAGCGCGGCCCUGGAGGCGGAGCUGGGGGAGGCGAGGGCCGCACGGAGGGCAGCGCGCGAGCGGGAGGAGGGCGAGCUCGAGGAGAGCCCGCGUCCGGGCAGGGAGGGCCCGGUGCACUCCAGCGGGCCUGUCGAGCGCGAGGCCGCGGACCUCGAGGCGGCGCAGGGCCGCGCGCGCUGGCUGGAGGCCGAGGCGGGCGACCUGCGCAAGGGGCUGGCGCAAGCCAGGGAGGCGGCCGAGGAGGCCCGCCAGGACCUCGAGGUGCAGAAGGGGCAGCUGGAGGAGGAGCUCCAGCGGCAGCGGGAGACCGAAGGCGGAGGGCUGGCAGGGGCAGGCCGUGGAGCUGCGCGGGGAGCGGGACGCGCUCGCGGCGCGGGCGGAGGAGGCCGAGGCGCUGGCGGCCCAGCAGGCCGCCGAGCGCGCGGCCGCCCAGAGCGGCUGGGAGCGGGCGCCGGCCCCUGGCAGCCACACGCGCCUCGCGGAGCGCGAGGAGGCCUCUGCGCGUGCGCUGUGCGACCUCCUGGGCCGCAUGGAGGGCCUCCGCGACAGCCUCGGGGAGGAGGAGAAGCUCAGCCUCUCCCUCGGCGAGCAGCUGCGCGCCGCGGAGGGGUGGGGCAGCCGCCUGGAGGAGAUGCUGCGGCGCGUCGCGCCCUUGGCGCUGGCGCGCCUGGAGCGCGACCGGGGCGCCAGCGGAGCGUCCGCGCAGCCCGGGUACGAGGUGGCGCGGCUGCAGGCGGAGAGCUGCCAGCUCCGCGAGGCGCUCAAAGAGCAGCGACUGCGCGGCGCCGAGGAGGCGAUGCGCUCGGCGCGGGCGAGCGCGACCGUGGCGUGCGCAGAUGCGGCGGCAGCGCUCGCGCCAACGCCAACGCCCGGCCCCGCAGCACCGCUGCGGGAGCCGUCGUGUACCUUCACCUCGUCGAGAUUGUCGAUGCGCUCCGUGUCGUCCAUGAACUCGUCGGUGGCGGCUGGUGGAGGUAUCGAUGUGGCCACUAA